CUGGAAGAAAAUACUGUGUAUACGCACAUGCUUUAUGUUAUUUAUAUAUACACACACACAUACAUACAUAAAAGGGGCCUGGAGCAUUUCCCAAAUGAGAAAAGGCUGGGAGACCUGUGACUGUUCGGUCUGGACAAGGGAAGGCAGAGGGGGUUUCAUCACUCUUCAUAAAUAUCUGAAGUGUAGGAGUUAAAUGGUUGGAUUCAGGUUCUUUGCAGAGCAGUGAUAGGACAAGGGUCACUGAGCACUGUCUGGAGUAUAGGUGUAGUGGAAAGGAUAAGUCAUUGCUCAAUUAAACAUGAUUGACCAGAAAGGGUGGAGUCAGGAUCCACCCCUUCCCAAAUCUCAUUUAAGAACUGGCUGUGGUGGUGAGGGUAUCUUGUUGGAGAUCCCUGUGUACCUGAGGCCUUCUGAAGAGAAUUGCUUCAGACCUCAGUCCUCGAUAACAACUUGUUGGAGUCACCAAUCAGGAGUGAAGUGGAAGUGUGCACUACUGAGACGAAAUGACCUUCGUGUUUGUGAUGAAUGGAAAUCAUGGCAGCAUCUAACAUGGGAGGAAAAGACAUGAGUGGACAAUGUGGCGUGAUUCAUUCAGAUUGCAAAUCUUCUGCCUUCUUAUGGCAGUACUGGCUGUUGUGGUGCUGGUCCAUAACUUUUUUCAGGUAGAGCACCUGGAUGACUACACAGUUUCAGGAUCAAAUUGGAUAACAGAGAGCAAUGACCAGACUUCUCUAUCACAGACAACUAAAUCUACCAGGAAGCCUUACUGCGGUUAUGAGCAGCAGACUUUGUCCAAAAGAGAACGAGCAGAACAGGAAUCACUGCUUGCUGCACUACAAUGGCCAAAACCCCCUGAUGACAAAAUUGCUUUUUUACAAAGCACUGAUCCGGUACACAGUGACUUUGUGAUUGUGAAGCCCAGCAAGUUCUUCGAGGUGGGUGACCAGUUAGAGGUGGUUGUUCGCGUGAGGGAUUUCCAAGGCAAACCCAAGCAAUAUGGUGGAGACUAUCUACAGGCACGAAUCCACUCUCCUCUGCUGAAAGCUGGAGCAAUAGGAAGGAUUGUAGAUUGCCAUAACGGCCUUUACAAAGUCUUUUUCACAUUACUUUGGCCAGGAGAGGUGGAAGUAUCUGUGACUCUUGUCCAUCCAAGUGAAGCGGUCCAAGUCCUCCUGCGUUUACGAGAAGAAAGGCCUGACAGAGUUUAUUUUAAAAGUUCAUUCAAGUCUGGGAGGUAUUCAGAAACUACUGAGUGCAAUGUGUGCUUGCCUGGAGAUCUUCCAGUCUGUAACUUCACAGAUCUCUACAGUGGUGAGCCAUGGUUCUGUUACAAGCCACGGAAACUGUCCUGUGCCAGCCGAAUCAGCCAUGCCAAGGGUGGAUAUCAAAAAGGCCUUCUGACGCAUGAAGAAAGCCUCUUUUUCCAAAGUGGUGUGAACAUCAAAAUGCCGAUACUCUCCAGCGGACCUGACUCGGUGAUUGUAAAGCCCAAGGCAUUUACAGCUGACUCAUUGCUUGCCUCAGGUGGUCAGUCAGAGCUUCAGGAUGUGAUCAAGUUUCCCACACAAGAUUCCAGCAAUAUGGACAGAGCUGAAGAUCCCACAGUUUUCCCUUCUGGUUAUUACUAUGAAGACCUUUGGAGGCCAAGAACACACUGGAUUUAUCAUUUUAACAAGUCAGACGACAUAAGCAAGUGCUUGCAAGGAAAAGUAAUCCACUUGUUUGGAGACUCUACAAUGAGGCAGUGGUUUGAGUAUCUGACUGCAACUGUUCCAGAUCUGGUGGAAUUUAAUCUGGGGAGUCCUAAGAAUGUGGGCCCUUUUAUGUCUGUGGAUCUGAAGCACAAUAUCCUACUGAAAUUCCGCUGUCACGGACCACCCAUUCGCUUUACCACAGUCUUUACAAGUGAACUGCGCUACAUUGCUAACGAACUGAAUGGCAUUGUUGGGGGGAGAAACACUGUGAUAGCCAUAACUAUAUGGUCCCACUUCAGCACUUUCCCUGUGGAAGUGUAUAUCAGGAGGCUGAGGAACAUUCGGAGGGCAGUUAUUCAACUGCUGGACCGCAGCCCCAAGACUUUAAUUGUCAUCAGAACUGCAAACGUUCAGGAGCUUGGGCCAGAAGUGAGCCUCUUUAACAGUGACUGGUAUUCCCUUCAGCUUGAUUCUGUCAUGAGGAAAAUGUUCUCAGGAAUUGCUGUGCACUUUGUGGAUGCUUGGGAGAUGUCUCUGGCUCAUUACUUGCCACAUAACUUGCACCCAAAAGAAGUAAUUGUUAGGAAUCAAAUAGACACAUUUCUAUCUUAUGUGUGCCCUCUGCAAAUUUAGUACACGUAGGCAUUCCUGUGUCAUGUUUUGCUGCAGCUGAGUUAAAGUUGGUCUUUGCCAGAGCUACUAAGUUUAUGAUGGUUGGUGUGGGAGAACUCUGUUUAUCAUGUCUGCAUUCAGUAUAAGCAGGUUGGCCAUAAUUCUAGUAGCUAUAAGGGAUAGUGGAGAAGAGUUAACUUUUCAGGCCAUAUCUUCCUAUGAGGUUGAUUCCUUAGGAUCUUAUUUAUCUCAGAUUAUUAGCAAGCACCUUAAAAUGACAAGAUUCAAUAGGGAAUUAUGUGGGUUAUUAGCUUUACUAGUCAUCUGCACUGUAUAUUUAGUCCAUAUAGCAUGGAAUCUGCUCAGAACUGGGGAAAAUUUAGUGAAAGAAUUAUCUGGGAGCAGUCUUUCUCCCAAACUCUCUCUCUCUCAACUCAGAGUUGAAGGAGCAAUCCCUGUAGUUCUAUGAGGGUCAGAGAAGCACAAUGCCUAUUCUUUUUUCAAAGUCUUAACCAGGAAUGUUAAGUGUGUGUCCUAAAGCUGCUACUAUCACUCAAGGAAGCUUAAUCACAAUGUCUAUAGUAUUAAGUCAUCAAGAGUUGGCUAAAAUUUAGUUAAGCACACUAGUUAGGCACUCUUGGUAUUUACAGAUAGCUGCUUAAUAAUGCAAAUGGCCAGUAAUUUGAGUUUCCUAUACUACUGAAUCUCUUCUGAGUUUUGAUACUGUCAUCUUCUUGAUUUAUCUGUUACCAAGCAGUGUGUGUAUGUUGACUGCAGUGAAGGCACUGUCUCAGGCAAUUUGUGCAUGUUAAAACUGUAAGCUUGCCUGCUUGAGGCAUUUCCUAAUGAAAUCAUUUUACUUGCCAUUGUUAGAUAAACAUGUUCCAUUAUGCUCUUGCAAAGCUGGGCUUCUGUCAUGAACUUUUAUACAUACAUAAAGUGUUGUGUCAGAAGCCAAGUUACUUGAAUACACUUAAAAACAAUCUGUGUACAGGUAGUAGAAGUCUGGCAUAAGCUAGCAUCAAGGCUGUGUGCUGAUGUCCUCCUUUCCUUCUGUAUUGUGCAGUUUUAUUACUUACACUGGCAACAGUGAAGCUGUUGAAUGAAGAAAAGACAGAAAAAUAAUAAAUCCUGCCCCCAAACCAAACACACACAGGACUGCCCUUCAUACAGGUGUUUGGUAACUGCUGUUUUGCCAGUGUGGAAACAGGUGGCUCUUGGGCCUCCUGGAACUGUUUUAAAUGCUGCUAGUUUGAUUGAACCUGCCUAUAGUUUUAAUAAGUAACACUGAACACUGAUCCCCCUCAAGCCAAAGUUGGUCUUUACCAAUGGCUGUACUGAGAAACGUGUCAUGACACACGUAGUACAUUUCUUCUGAAGAAGUGCAUAAUGCUUAAAGAGAAUAUGAGUCAAUUAUUUGUGAGCGAACUGAGGAGGUAAAAAUUGAACAGACGGGCAGGUCACAGAGCGCAGUAACUGAAAUGUCAAUUGUAUCAGAAGUGUUUUGCUCUCUGCCAUGUUGAUUGCCAUGUAUGGGGAGAUUGUGCUCUUGUUGCUGGAAACUAAAGGGAUCUUAUGCUGCUAGCUGCAGGAAAACUGCUUUAAGUGCUUUUAGCAUGUAAAAGUCAACAUCAUCCCUCAAUAAGCUUAAACAAAUUGAGAAAAUGUAAAAAUCUCUGUAGGAGCUGCAUACAGCCAAAUAGCAUUUAAUCUUACCUUUUCAGAUCACAAGUCAGGAUGUCCAGUUUGCCAGUUGCUACUGACAACUGCCUCCCUUAGUGUCUGUGGCAUAUAUUAGCUUUAGGUAAGUGUUUCUUACUUGAAUAUAUUAAUAGUGAUUCAUCCUCUGCUAGUAAGACCACACCAGUUCAGUCCUGGGAAGGUAAACCACCACAAUGCAGAAUGACUUUUCAUCUUCUCUAGGUGCAUUUUUAAAACGGGUAGAGUAUAAAGCUUUCAUCCUGAAUAAGAAAUCUAUUCAAAUAACAUUAAUGAGAAUAAGGCUUCGAACUUUUACUUUGAAGGAAACCACUUAAUUUGUGGACUGUUUGGUUUUUCUCAAAAUGCCAUAUCGUGUGUGAAAGCAUUGUGCCGGCACGUUUCUUCUCUGAAUGUUCUACUGUUCACUAUUGCUCUUCAACUGUUAGCCAUCAAAAACAGAGAGGAAGAAAGCUUGAAUGUUAUGACAAUCGGAAGCAAGAGAACUGGAUUGUUAUUAGCAAAGAUGUUGAAUCACCUCCUGAUAGAACCUCUGCCUUCCAGAUUACUUUUUUUAAAAAAUUUUUUUAAUAUGUGGAUCAUGAACUUGAGGAAAAUUGCCUGUUAAUGUGGGUUGAGAACUGAUGGUUUAUUUCUUUGUACUCUGAAAUAGACAGGGAGAAGAAAGGGAGAUAUUGAGGAAUUACUGAUGUUGAAAGAUGAAGACUGCAGGCAGAACGCUUUUGUCAUUCGGUUUGACUGUAAGCUUAUUUUCGUCUCUAUUCUCCUUUUGCUACCUGUUUCACCAGUUGUGUAUGUACUGUAUAUAGUAACAUAAUCAGAAGCAAUAAAAUAUUUUUAAAUCACUUUCUUUAAA